AUGGAGGACUCAGUUUCCCGCUCGCCGGACCUCCGAGCAUCUCCGCCGCCCGACCCGGCAAACGACCCGAGCAAUUUCUACCGCCAAUUUCUCCGCAGAUCUGCCCUCGUAACCGUCCUCCUCGCCAUCCUCCCGAUUUUCCCCUCAAUUGCCCCCCAAUUCGUCAAUCAAACCCUCCACGCCAGAAGCUGGGAGCUCCUCCAGCUCGUCUUCGUCGGAAUCGCCGUCUCCUACGGCCUUUUCAGCCGGAAAAACGACCAGACGGAGAAGGACCACGGCGGCGGCGGCCCGAAGCCCGAAAGCGCACACUCUUACGUCAGCAAGCUGCUCCAGUUCUCCUCUGUCUUCGACGAUGAGCCCGGAAGCCCGCAGGCCGUGAUUCACGAAGAGAGUAAGGUCCAAACUUUAAAUUCUCAGUAUUUUAGAGGUGAACCUGUGGUUAUGGUGGCCGAGCAGAUACAGAGCAAUCCUGUUGUUCGAGAGAAGAAUGGGUUUUGCGAAAUCACACAUAAUAAACCUCUGCUUUUGCCCAUUCGGAGCCUCAAACAGCUCGUGCCCGAGUCUGGUGAGGUUGACUCGGGUGAGCAGCUGAGCCGAAAAUCCGACCCUGUUAAAGAUAGUGUUUCGAGUUUGAAUGGAGAUUCAAAAAAAUCGAGGAAUGUGGAGGUUUUGGGUUCGAGUCCUCCGAAGGUGGAGGAUGAUUUGGUAGUUCUUCGGUCGCCAAUUCCAUGGCGAUCGAGAUCUGGAAGGAUGAUGAAAAUGGACGAAAAUGAGGAUAUGAUGAAGUCGAACUCGAUUGAUGACUCGAAAUUCAAUCCAAAUUUGUCGACUCGUAAAAUGCUAACCCAAUCGACAUAUUUUCCAUCCGAAUCUCGACCCAAAAGUUCCUUGUCCUCGCCUCCACCAACCCCACCUCCACCACCUCCGCCACAAUUUGUGUGGAAAUCGAUGAUUCUAAAGUCGAGCUCGAGUUUCACCACAAAUAAUUCGGCCCCUCUUGAGAAGGUAUUGAGGCGGAGCGCGAAAAGUGUCCCGACAAGCGAGACGAAGCAACUCCCGAGACGAAUGACGAACAAUAAUGUGGCCGAAUUUGUGGGUUACACUAACACCACGGAGUUUUUCAAGAAAAAUGGAUAUUCGGGCAAAGGGUUGCCGAAUAGGAACUCGGUCGAGAAGGAUGUGAUGGAAACUAGCGAUGAUGACUCGGAGGAUGAUGAUUACUUUGAAGGGAUUAGUUGUUUGGGUGGAGAUGUAACUAAUAGUAGUAGCAUUGUCAAUAACGAUGAUGAUAUUAGUAAUAAUGGUGAUUUGGGGCCCGAUGUAGACAAGAAGGCGGACGAAUUCAUAGCUAAGUUUCGAGAGCAGAUAAGGCUGCAGAGAAUCGAGUCGAUUAGAAAGUCGGCCGCGCAGCGUGGCGCAAAGGCUUGUGGUGCCCGUUAA